AUGGGAAAGAAGUCUGUCUCAGAGGAAUGGGAAAGAAGUCUGUGUCAGAGGAAUGGGAAAGAAGUCUGUCUCAGAGGAAUGGGAAAGAAGUCUGUCUCAGAGGAAUGGGAAAGAAGUCUGUCUCAGAGGAAUGGGAAAGAAGUCUGUGUCAGAGGAAUGGGAAAGAAGUCUGUGUCAGAGGAAUGGGAAAGAAGUCUGUCUCAGAGGAAUGGGAAAGAAGUCUGUCUCAGAGGAAUGGGAAAGAAGUCUGUGUCAGAGGAAUGGGAAAGAAGUCUGUGUCAGAGGAAUGGGAAAGAAGUCUGUCUCAGGGGAAUGGGAAAGAAGUCUGUGUCAGAGGAAUGGGAAAGAAGUCUGUGUCAGAUGAAUGGGAAAGAAGUCUGUCUCAGAGGAAUAGUAAAGAAGUCUGUGUCAGAGGAAUGGGAAAGAAGUCUGUGUCAGAGGAAUGGGAAAGAAGUCUGUCUCAGAGGAAUGGGAAAGAAGUCUGUCUCAGAUGAAUGGGAAAGAAGUCUGUCUCAGAGGAAUGGGAAAGAAGUCUGUGUCAGAGGAAUGGGAAAGAAGUCUGUCUCAGAGGAAUGGGAAAGAAGUCUGUCUCAGAGGAAUGGGAAAGAAGUCUGUGUCAGAGGAAUGGGAAAGAAGUCUGUGUCAGAGGAAUGGGAAAGAAGUCUGUCUCAGAGGAAUGGGAAAGAAGUCUGUCUCAGAGGAAUGGGAAAGAAGUCUGUCUCAGAGGAAUGGGAAAGAAGUCUGUCUCAGAGGAAUGGGAAAGAAGUCUGUCUCAGAGGAAUGGGAAAGAAGUCUGUCUCAGAGGAAUGGGAAAGAAGUCUGUCUUAG